AUGAUUCAGGCCGCACAGCGUGAGGUUGCGCAGCGCGGCGGAGGAGCUCUGACUAUGUUUGCCUCUCCGUGGUCGCCUCCGGCGUGGAUGAAGAUUCCACUCCUCCCUCCCACGGGCGCUCGGGGGCCGGCGCCCUCUGGGAUCUCGAUUGCGCGCUGGUGGGAGGCCGACCCCAAAGGCAAGCGGAGCAUGAUUCUCUCGGACGUGCCGCUCUGCCUUGAAGCGGAGAGUCUGGGCCCCUGGGCAAAGUACUUUUCGCUCUGGAUCGAUGCGUACCAGCGGCACGGCAUCCGAAUCUGGGCCGUGACGAUUCAGAACGAGCCCAUGGCUGCCGUCGGUUGGGAGUCGUGCCUUUGGAGUGCCAACAAUUCGGCAGCGUUUGUGCGGGACCAUCUCGGGCCGGUGCUCGCUCGAGAGCAGCCCGGAGUGUUGAUCAUAGGCUACGAUCACAACAAGGACAAGGUCGCGAAGUGGGCAAAGGCGCUAUACGAGGACCCGCUAGCAGCGCAGUAG